AUGAUUCAAGUUAAACGAUAUAUCAAUAAUAGUAAACCUUCUUAUGAAAAAAUGAAAAAACUAAGAACAAUAUACAAGAACAGAGAACAUAUUAAUUGUUUAGAAAACUUAUCAAAUGAACUUUUCUAUGAGAUCUUCGAUUAUCUUGAUGGUUGUGAAUUAUUUAAUGCAUUUUCAAAUCUUAAUAAUCGUUUUCAUGCUCUACUCAAUGGUUCAUCUCUUCGACUAAAAAUUGAUUUUCGUUGUCAUUCAGAAACUAUCGUACAACAUCGUUCUAUUUCCAUUAUCUCUCGAAACAAAGAUCGAAUUAUGUCACUUAGUUUGUCUAAUUUUUAUCUUUUUAAUUCAAGUUUUACAUUAUUUAACAUUGAUUCAUCAUUUAGUCAUCUUGAAUCAUUAGUGUUAGAUAAUAUGAAAUCAAAUGAACUCAAAUCUGUUCUAAUAAAUUUAAUUUCAUUGCCUCGUCUUUUUUCAUUAAUUAUUCAUUACGAUGAUGAUCUCAAACAGAUUAACAAUAUAUAUCAAAUGAUUUUCAAAUUACCUAUGUUAAAAUACAAUAAAUUGUCAUUUAAUUCACUUGAUUCAUUUAUUCCUCUACCCAUAGCUACUAAUCAUCAAUUUAGUAGUAUUAAAUAUCUGGUUAUUGAUCAUUGUUGUACUCUUGAUGAAUUAAUUGCUAUAAUUUCAUAUACACCUCAACUCUGUCGUUUAACUUGUCAGCAAGUCAAUGAAUCAAAGAAAAACAUCAUAAAAGAUACACUUAAUAUAGUAACAAGUUUAACUCGUAUAUCCAUUACUAAGUGUUAUGCUGAAUAUGACGAACUAGAAAUGUUUCUCAUCAAAGUAUCACCUCAAUUACAAGUAUUACGUAUUAAUACUUUCCAAGAUGUGAGCUAUUUGGAUGCUAAUCGAUGGGAACGAAUUAUUUCACAAAAUUUACUUCAAUUAGAUACAUUUGAAUUUCAAUACAAUGAGCUUAUUGAUGAAGAUUUCAAAACAACUAUUCAUCAUGAAUUAAUUAAUCGAUUUAAUUCGUCAUUUUGGAUAAAACGAAAAUGGUUUUUUAAAAUUUCUAUUAAGACAGAUGAUUGGGAUGAUAAUGUUAUUGUUUAUUCAAUUUUUUCAUACAGGAAAGUUAAAGACAAUUUUCAAACAAAUAAGACAAAUGAUGAAAAAUUAAUUGAUAACAUCUAUGAAAAUAGUACACAACAUAGUAUUAUUUCCAAUAAACAUAAUUCUGUUGCAUCUUCUAUGAUACUAAACAUUAUUGAUUUGUCUACGACAGAUGAUGAUGAACCAUUUAUUGAGAUGAUCGGUCCAAUUUUAGUUGUAUUACCGAUUACUUGUUUAAAUAUUACGCUCAGCGGAAUUUACAUUGCCACAUUAAUUGACUUCAUUAAUCGUACAACUGUAUUAUCAACUCCUCAUCUUGAUGAAGUUGAUAUAUUGAGUGAUCGUUUAUCAAUAAGUUCGUCGGGUGAAUUACAAGGUAUUGGUACAACAAUGCAUUUAAAAGAUAAAUAUGGUGAAGGUUGUAAUUUAAUUAUUGAAUUAAUAUCAAUAUCAGACGAAAAUAAUCUUAGACGACAACAGCAGAAAGAUUCAACAAAUGAUGCACUCGAUCCAAUCAAUAUAAAAUUGAAUAUAAUUAAUUCUACUACAAAUUCUACUCUGCGUUUUAGACAAGAACAUGGUGAUCAAAUCACUUAUGUUAUAAUUGAUGAUGUUGAACAUACAAAAAUAUUUUCAAAAAUGCUUGCUGAUCUUGAUGAAAAUAGAAAUCGAUAUCCUAUUAAAAGUUAUAGUCUAUCAAAUAGUAGUCUUGAACAAGCUUUCUUCGUUUCAUUAUUAUCGAAAUUUAUUCAACAAACAUUUACUCAAUCACCAUCGUUAGGUACACGUUGUAUGACAUCAACAGUGUUAGAUACACAAUUGUAUUCGUGUGAUUCGACAGAUAUUGGUUAUGGUCAAGCAUCAAUAAGUAAAGAUAUAAUGAAUGCACUAAAUAAUGUUGACUAUAAUCAAACACAUAUAUCACCAAAAUGUAAUUGUUGGAUACUAAAAACAGAAUUUCUUGAAGAAUAUUUAAUAAAACGUUUUGGUGGUUUUAAAUUUUUAACAGAAAAUGAUUUGAAUAGUAUUGAUCUUUUAAAUGAAACAUUGAUAAAUAAAUUAAUCGAUGCAAUUACUCAAACAAAUCAAUCAACAUCAAUGAUUGAUGCAGCUAAAAUUGCUGCUCUCUUUCGGAUUUGGUACAAUAAUAAAGGAUGGCCAGCAGGUAUAACAUUUGCAAAUGUAUUUAAUAAUGCAUUAUUACGUGGUGUACUUCUUCAAAAAAAUUCUUCAAUAUCAAUUGCUGAUUACGGUAUAACAGCUAUAUGUCAUCCAUUACCAGAAACACCAUUUGAAAUUGAUAAUAAUAUACAAGAUAUUAUUACUAUUGAAUUAUUAACAGCUAUAUGUGUUAUAUUUGCAUUAGCAUUUAUUCCUGCAAGUUUUCUUGUUUUUCUUAUUGAUGAACAUUCAACAACAUCAAAACAUUUAUAA